CAUACCUUAUAGUAAUAAUCUCUUUCUGUUGACCUCACUUCAACCCGGAUUGAUUAGACUGAUUUUCGUCGUGCCAUUCAAGGGUUCCUGAACGGCUAAGUUGGUUAAAUAAGCCAUAGACUUUCCACUCACGUCAGACGUAGGUAGCCGUUACAUCAUGACGUAUCGCCCAACAAACUCAAGAUCGAUUGCGGGGAAAGACCAUCAUGUCCAAACCUCCUGUUAUUCUUUACCUCAAUUAAUUCCAGUUCAGACUUCAUCAAUUUGUCUCAUCAACUGGUAAAGAACCAUCGCAAAUCUUGGCGCAAUGCUGUGGCGGCUCCCUCUUCUCUUCGCUGCGUAUGUCGGCGCAAUCACAGGUGAUGAGCAGCAGGUGCUUGGCUCCGACAUCACUGAUCUAGAUCACAUUCGCGAGAAACUUCUCGAGGCCCAGAUCAUUCCCACCGUCAUUGAUGACUUCCCGCCUGCUCUGGCACUUCGCGCAUCGUGGAAGCAUGACUCGGCCAACCUGGGCAAUACUCUAAAACCUGGUCAUCUCAAAAAGGCUCCUUCAAUUCAUCUUGACAAAGUCGAAUCGGACGCGCUCGUCGGUACUCAACUCUCCAAGCACAUGUCCUAUGUCAUCGUCCUCACCGAUCCCGACGCGCCAUCCCGCGAUGACCCCAAAUGGUCCGAAUUCUGCCAUUGGAUCGCAGCAAGCUCUCGCCUCGAAUUCUCAACAAAGUCCAAGCAUCACCUCAAGGACAUCAUCAAGUAUAAACCUCCCGCGCCGCCGCCAAAGACUGGAAAGCACCGCUAUGUCUUCUUCACCUUCAUCGCAGCCAAUGGAACGACCAAGAAGCUACACCUGAGCAAACCAGAGGAGAGGAAGCACUGGGGAUCGGAUCAUGCAGGCCAUGGAGUUCGUGAGUGGGCGCAUGAGAAUGGUCUUAUUCCCAUCGCUGCGAAUUUCAUAUACGCGGAAAACGAAGAGCAGUAGCCCCAACCACUUCACAUGUCAAAUGCACGAGUUUCCUA